CGCAGAGAUACUACGAUCGAUGAACGUCUCUCUCCCGCCACUACGCUCCGCGGUCGAAGCCCAGGAUCUACUGGCGCUGAAGCUGUGCGUCCCCAACGCGACUCGUCAAGCAAUCGACGCGGCCAUGUUCCUCGCGAUCGAACGCGGUCAUCUUGGCGUCGUACUGAGCCUCUUGGAGCACACGCGCGUCCGGUAUGUGUACGUCGAGCACGCGGUGGCUUGUGGCCAGGUGCGCAUCGCACUGCAUCUGAACCAGCGCGCUGGCGAUGCCGUGUGUGCUGUUACGAGCCCGACGACUUGCCCGCGAAAUGAAAAAGAGGAUGAUCGCCCGGCGAUGUGGUCGCUGGCCAAGCACUUGCUCUCGAGCCCGGCCGUGUGAACGAGUCGGAAGUGUAUGCGUCGUUGACAGUGGGAUAUGUUGACAUCCUUGUCCGCCGAGCAAAACCAUAAUAUUACAAAGACGCAGUCACGCUGGCUGUCACACGCUGCUGCUGCUCCAAUCGGAUGAGAAAAGCGACUCUGCGUUUUGGACCAGAGGCAGCUGGCAAACGGAUCUUUCCGUGACUUGCGUGUCAAGAAAUUUUC